CGUCAGCGUACAUCUGAGCACCGAACCGCCGCCCAGUUAAGGUUUCACGGCUUACUCCCAAACUGUUUGCUCUCUCGAGCAAUAAUCUUUUAUUUCGCUUUUUUUUUCUCUGCUUUCCUUCGUCGUCCUUUCUCACGUCUCUUCUCGGAACUCGACCUGUGCUGCAAUCAUGGAUGAGUCUGAGAGACAGGCUUCAAGACUGUGGCGGACUUUUCGCACAGUCAAGGAAAUGGUCAGAGAUCGGGGCUAUGACAUUAGUGAUGAGGAUAUCAACAUGACGCUGGACGAGUUCCGUUCGAGAAUGUGCGAUUCCAUGGGUGUGCCGCAACGUCCUUUAAUGGGCUUCCAGGCGACCCCGACCGCCGAAGCGCAGGCAAAAUUUCCCGAUCUUGGAAGUUUGUGGGUCGAGUUCUGCGACGAAGCUGCCGUCGGUAUCAAAACCAUGCGAACGUUCUGCCUUCACAUCAUGGACAAAUCUUUCUCCAGCGGCAUCUUCAUCUAUCAAACUUCGAUCACCCCUUCAGCGAACAAGCUGCUGCCAACAGUGGCUCCCGCAACUAUCGAAACCUUCCAGGAGUGCGAUCUACUUGUCAACAUCACACACCACGAACUGGUACCAAAGCACAUCCGUAUGUCGACUGAGGAAAAGAAGUUAUUGCUAGAGAAGUAUAGAUUGAAGGAGAGUCAACUUCCAAGAAUCCAGAGAGAAGAUCCCGUGGCUCGCUAUUUGGGUCUUAAAAGAGGAAUGGUUGUUAAGAUUAUUCGGCGCAGUGAGACUAGUGGACGUUAUGCGAGUUAUAGGAUAUGUUUGUAAAAUUAGUACGAAGGGUUUCGUUAAUCAGGUUUAAAAUGCACAAAGAGUUGAACAACG